GCUCCGGGUCUGAGCCGGUUGUGACGUCAUGACGCCAGUGGUGCGUAGGGGCAGCUGGAGCCGGGUGAGCUAAGGUGAGGGGGGUUGUUAGCGGACCGGCGCCAUUACCAUCAGGACCGGGAGAGACCGAAGACCGGUGUGCACGCUCUGACUGGAGAAAGGGUCGGCGAAGGCGGUGGUUGAGGGCCGGGAGAGGUGUGUUGGUGGAAAUCUGUCUGGGGAGGUCAGUGAAGGGGUGGAAGACAGCGGAGAGUCCGGCCAUUGCUGCAACUGCAAAGCGGCGCGCGACACCCCCCGCUGACGAACAACCAAUCAGUCUGGAGGAGAGGAGCGCGAGCUUCGCCUACUGUGUGACCCGCCAAUCGCCAUCCUCUUUAUCACCGGACAGACGACAUGUCGUACAAGCCAAUCGCUCCGGCUCCGGCAGCGGGGAGCAGCAGCGCUCCGGGCACCCCAGUCACCCCCGGUGUUGUGUGCAGUCAUUAAGCAUCUCAUCCCUCAUCUGAUGUGGUUUGCAGUGCCAGGAGCUGCGGUUUCAUCACCAUCAGGAGCUGUGCCCGUCCCCUCCUUCCGACUUAACUUCAGUGACUUUGGACCCCCUUCUAUGGGCUUCAUACAGGGCGUGAAGCCAGCUGUGUCACAAGCGGUGUCUCAGGGGACCUACAGUGACCUGUUGUCUGUGAUUGAGGAGAUGGGCAGAGAGAUCAGACCCACCUAUGCUGGAAGCAAAAGUGCCAUGGAGAGAUUAAAAAGAGGUAUAAUCCACGCUAGAGCUCUCGUGAGAGAGUGUCUCGCUGAAACAGAACGCAAUGCUCGUACGUGACCUCAUUCCAGCUCUGCACUUUCU